GAAUAUGCCAGUCUGAACCGGUUUCAACCGGUCUUGGGUUUGUUUGAUGCACGAGCUGAGAGAAGAGCUGGUUUUCAACAGACUCUUUCAAGGCUUUACGUAUUUUUUUGUUUAUUUGUUUGUUUCUUUUUCCUGACAUAGAUCCAACAAUAAACUAACGUCCUACUUUAAUUUGUGAUUGAGACCCGGGAAUGCUGGCUAGCAAGGUAGCAUAGCAACUCCAGGCAUUAUAUAGAAUCAGUGACAUUAGCUAGUUAGCUUGUUAGCUAGCACGUAGGCUAAGUUGUACACUACCAGGGGUCACGCGAGCUGUUUCUGGACUCGGAUUAAUCGCUACAGGAACAGCAUUCAGUGUUAGCUAACUAGUUAGCAUUUUUUUAAAAAAAAACCAAAAAAACAUAUUUUUAAAUAUUUAAAGGUUCAUGAUUAAUUCGGUGCGUUAAAAUUAAAAUCUCGCUGGGUAUUUAUUCAACUAGUCAUCAUCACGUUGCCCGUGUGGAUCAAGUUAAUUGGUUAUGCUCAUUAGCUAGCAGCUAGCAUAUUGCUAACGCGUCACGAUGAGAUAAACGGAGUCCUGUAACUUGCGGUUUAUUUGAAUUUUGCCUUUUUAAAGCGAGUUGUUUAAGCAGCCACACGCUUGAGCAUCAUUUCAACGCAGAAAGAAAAAGAGGAGUGGUUUUGUGUUUUAAAACGCAGCUCUUAUGCCAGCAGAUAUGACCAUGUUAGCGGACCAUACAGCACGGCAGCUGCUGGACUUCACUCAGAAGCUGGACAUCAACCUGCUCGACAACGUGGUCAACUCCAUGUACUACGAUGUCGGCUCUCAGCAACGGCUGGCACAGGAAGUCCUGACUAACUUGAAGGAUCACCCAGAUGCAUGGACCAGAGUGGACACCAUCUUGGAGUUCUCUCAGAACAUGAAGACCAAAUACUACGCCCUUCAGAUUCUAGAGACCGUCAUUAAAACGCGCUGGAAAAUUCUCCCGAGAAACCAGUGUGAAGGAAUUAAGAAAUAUGUCGUAGGGCUGAUUAUCAAGACGUCCUCAGAUCCUUCUGUGGUCGAGAAAGAGGGAGUUUACCUGGCCAAGCUGAAUAUGAUCUUGGUGCAGAUCCUGAAGCAGGAGUGGCCGAAGCACUGGCCCACGUUCAUCAGCGACAUUGUGGGAGCGAGUCGGACGAGCGAGAGCCUCUGCCAGAACAACAUGAUCAUCCUGAAGCUGCUCAGCGAGGAAGUGUUCGAUUUCUCCAGUGGACAAAUGACUCAGGUCAAAGCCAAGCACCUGAAAGACAGUAUGUGCAACGAGUUCUCCCAGAUUUUUCAGCUUUGCCAGUUUGUCAUGGAAAAUUCCCAGAAUGCUCCACUGGUCCACGCUACACUGGAGACCCUCCUGCGCUUCCUGAACUGGAUUCCACUGGGAUACAUUUUUGAGACCAAACUCAUCAGCACCCUGGUUUACAAGUUUCUGAACGUUCCGAUGUUUCGAAACGUGACUCUGAAGUGUCUGACGGAAAUCGCUGGAGUCAGCGUCAACCAGUACGAGGAGCAGUUUGUCAGCCUCUUCACUCUAACCAUGAUGCAGCUCAAACAGAUGCUGCCUCUGAACACGAACAUCCGUAUGGCGUACUCGAACGGGAAAGAUGACGAGCAGAACUUCAUCCAAAACCUCAGCUUGUUCCUGUGCACCUUCCUCAAAGAGCACGGGCAGCUGAUUGAGAAGAGGCCCAACCUGCGGGAAACGCUCAUGGAGGCUCUCCACUAUAUGCUGCUUGUGUCCGAGGUGGAGGAGACGGAGAUCUUCAAGAUCUGUCUGGAGUACUGGAACCACCUGGCGGCGGAGCUGUACAGAGAGAGUCCGUUCAGCACCUCCACCUCACCGCUGCUAUCUGGCAGCCAGCACUUUGAUGUGCCCCCACGCAGACAUCUCUAUCUGCCUGUACUCUCCAAGGUGCGUCUCCUGAUGGUGAGCCGCAUGGCCAAACCAGAGGAGGUGCUCGUGGUGGAGAACGAUCAGGGUGAGGUGGUGAGGGAGUUCAUGAAGGACACAGACUCCAUCAACCUCUACAAGAACAUGAGAGAGACUCUUGUCUACCUGACCCAUUUGGACUAUGCGGAUACGGAGAGGAUCAUGACCGAGAAGCUCCAUAACCAGGUGAACGGGACGGAGUGGUCCUGGAGGAACCUGAACACGCUGUGCUGGGCCAUCGGCUCAAUCAGCGGAGCCAUGCACGAGGAGGACGAGAAACGGUUCCUUGUCACGGUCAUUAAGGACCUGCUGGGGCUGUGUGAGCAGAAGAGAGGGAAAGACAACAAGGCCAUUAUCGCCUCCAACAUCAUGUACAUUGUCGGGCAGUACCCACGGUUCCUCCGUGCCCACUGGAAGUUCCUCAAGACGGUCGUCAACAAGCUCUUCGAGUUCAUGCACGAGACGCAUGACGGUGUGCAGGACAUGGCGUGCGACACGUUCAUCAAGAUUGCGCAGAAGUGCAGGAGGCAUUUUGUUCAGGUGCAGGUUGGGGAGGUCAUGCCCUUCAUCGACGAGAUCCUGAAUAACAUCAACACCAUCAUCUGCGAUCUGCAGCCGCAGCAGGUGCAUACGUUCUACGAGGCUGUAGGCUAUAUGAUUGGUGCUCAGACAGAUCAAGCAGUGCAGGAGCACCUGAUAGAGAAGUACAUGCUGCUCCCGAACCAGGUGUGGGAUAGCAUCAUCCAGCAGGCCACCAAGAACGUAGACAUCCUGAAGGACCCGGAGACGGUGCGUCAGCUCGGCAGCAUCCUGAAGACCAACGUGAGGGCGUGUAAGGCUGUCGGACACCCGUUUGUGGUGCAGCUAGGACGCAUCUAUCUAGACAUGCUCAACGUAUACAAGUGUCUGAGUGAGAACAUCUCGUCCGCUAUCCAGACCAACGGUGAGAUGGUGACGAAGCAGCCUCUAAUCAGGAGCAUGCGCACGGUGAAGAGAGAAACUCUGAAGCUCAUCUCUGGCUGGGUCAGCCGUUCCAACGAUCCCCAGAUGGUCGGGGAGAACUUCGUUCCCCCUCUGCUUGAAGCCGUGCUGAUCGACUAUCAGCGGAACGUCCCUGCUGCUCGAGAACCCGAAGUGCUUAGCACCAUGGCAACAAUCGUCAACAAGCUCGCAGCCCAUAUUACGGCCGAAAUCCCGAAGAUUUUCGACGCUGUAUUUGAGUGCACCUUAAACAUGAUCAACAAGGACUUUGAGGAGUUCCCAGAGCACAGGACAAACUUCUUCUACCUGCUGCAGGCGGUGAACUCGCACUGCUUCCCUGCUUUUCUGUCCAUCCCACCAGCGCAGUUCAAGCUGGUCCUGGACUCCAUCAUCUGGGCCUUUAAGCACACCAUGAGGAACGUAGCUGACACAGGUCUGCAGAUUCUGUACACGAUGCUGCAGAACGUGGCCCAGGAGGAAGCUGCAGCUCAGAGCUUCUAUCAGACGUACUUCUGCGACAUCCUGCAGCACAUCUUCUCCGUCGUCACGGAUACGUCCCACACAGCAGGUUUGACGAUGCACGCCUCCAUUCUGGCCUACAUGUUUAACCUAGUUGAAGAGGGGAAAAUCAGCAUAACCCUGAACACGGGCACCCCCGUCAACAACCAGGUGUAUGUACAGGAAUAUGUGGCCAACCUGCUGAAAACCGCCUUCCCACACCUACAAGAUGCCCAGGUGAAAGUAUUUGUAACUGGUCUAUUCAGCUUGAAUCAGGAUAUUCCUGCCUUCAAAGAGCACCUUCGGGACUUCCUGGUGCAGAUAAAGAAGGAAAAGGGGCGGGGUUACUGGUUUACCUAUCUCCAUCCAUCCGAAACACCGUUUUUCUCAGCAACCACAAAUCUUAACCACUUGGUACCCAGCUUGGGGUUCUGUACCGUUUUCAGGAGUUUGCCGGUGAGGAUACGAGCGAUCUGUUCCUGGAGGAGCGAGAGACGUCGCUGCGUCAAGCUCAGGAGGAGAAACACAAACUCCAGAUGUCCGUGCCAGGAAUCCUCAAUCCCCACGAACUCCCGGAGGAAAUGUGCGACUGAGUUUCCCAUGAGGUGGGACGGCUUUUCGGACCCAGCAAAGAACCGAACCGUGAACAUGUGCGUGUGUGUGCGUGCGUCCAUACAAACGUUGCAGUCGGAUGAAGAUGGAAGAGGAGUGUAAAUUUCGACCAAAUCAACUCCCAAAUGUCCAUGACUCCGCCCAAGUCCCUGCUCAGAUUUUUUUUCCUUUUUUUUCCCCCCCCUUUGAGUGUGUGUUUUAUAAGGAGAGAACUGAUGCACUGUAAUUACUUCCAUGUUAAUCAGUUGUUGUUUCUUUUAGUUUCCUCUGACAGAAUAACAUUUU